CAAUAUUGCAGAGUACUAUAUAAAAAAUUCCCUGGCGCAUCAAAGUUAUUCAUACAGCAAGCACAUACACUUUAAACCCAUGAGAAUCAUGACAGCAGCAUGCUGUUAUGGUAGAGCUUACUUCGUAGCUUGCGUUAUUCUCUAUGUUCUACUAGUACUAUCACCACAUAAUGCUCUUGCUCUCUUUAGUUCUACUUCUAGUGAAGCAGAGGCACUUCUAAAAUGGAAAACCAGCUUUCCAAUCCAAACCCACAAUAACUUGACCUCUUGGACUUACAUUCCGAGUAAUUCCACCACUCGAAAACCAGAAGGAUGCCCAUUCCAUCAUUGGACUGGCGUUUCAUGCAACGAUGCAGGAAGAGUCAACAGGAUAAACCUCACAAAUUCUGGUAUUCAAGGUACGCUGCAUGAGUUUCCAUUCCUCUCCUUACCCCACCUGGAAUAUAUUGACCUUAGCUACAAUACAAUUUUUGAUGCCAUCCCCCCACAAAUUGGUUCCCUCCAAAAACUCAUCUAUCUUGAUCUGUCUAGCAAUCUAUUGUCUGGGAGAAUCCCACCGGACAUUGGUCUUCUAACAAAUCUUAAGAUCAUGCACCUAAACUCUAAUCAGUUAAAUGGCUCAAUCCCCCAAGAAAUAGGUCACCUCAAGUUUCUUUACGAGCUUGCUCUUUACAACAACAGUCUAGAAGGUUCAAUUCCUGAUUCUCUGGGAAAUCUAAGCAGUCUGACAUAUUUGUCUCUUUCUGCAAAUCAACUCUCUGGUUCCAUCCCGCCAGCAAUUGGUCUUUUACCAAAGCUGGAGGAAUUAGACCUAAAUGAAAAUCAGUUGAAUGGAUCAAUUCCUAAAGAAUUCAGUCGGCUUAAGUUUCUUGAGGUUCUUUCUCUGUACAACAACACUCUAGAAGGUCCAAUUCCUCCUUCUCUAGGUGAGUUGAGCAACCUCAAUUAUUUGCUUCUGAAUGCAAAUAAACUUUCAGGCCAUAUUCCUGCAUCUUUAGGUACUUUGAGUAACUUGAUUUCUUUGGCUCUCAAUGAGAAUCAACUCUCUGGUUCUAUUCCUGCAUCUCUGGGUAGUUUGAGCAACCUGAAUUAUUUGGUUCUUAAUGAGAAUCAACUUACUGGUUUCAUACCUCCAGAAAUGGGAAACCUUUCUAGUUUGGUUGAACUCCAUUUGGAUACCAACAACUUAUCAGGUUCCAUCCCUCCAACUCUUGGAAAUUUAAAAGAGCUAGCUCUGUUGUACUUGAACAACAAUAAAUUUUCUGGCUCUAUCCCUUCAGAGAUAGGAAAUAUGAAGAAACUAGUCUGGUUGUUCCUUCAAACAAACAAUCUCUCUGGUUCAAUCCCCACAUCUUUAGGUGAUCUAUCAGACCUUAAGGCUCUCUAUCUCUAUGAAAAUCAGCUUUCUGGCACCAUUCCAAAAGAGAUGGGGAACUUGAAAUCUAUGGUGUCUCUAUCAUUGAGCAUGAACAAACUCUAUGGUUCAAUUCCUCCAUCUUUAGGUAAUCUGACAAAGCUCACCAUUCUUUAUCUCUUUGGCAAUAAACUUUCUGGCACCAUUCCUAGAGAGCUAGGGAAACUUAUGUACCUUGUCGAUCUACAGUUAAACACAAAUAAACUCAGUGGUCCCAUUCCCACUACAGUUGGUCAAUUGAGCAAGUUGGAAUCCUUAAUCCUCCGGGAUAACCAACUUUCUGGCUCCAUUCCUCAGGAGGUGGGGAAUUUACUGAAGUUGGUUGUGCUGCAGUUGGAUACUAACAGAUUUUCUGGUUAUCUACCCCAAAACAUUUGUCGUGGUGGGUUGCUAGAAAAUUUUUCAGCACAAACCAACAAUUUGACGGGUCCACUCCCCAGAAGCUUGAAGAGAUGCAAGAGCUUAGUCAGAGUCCGCCUUGAAGAUAACCAUUUCACUGGAAAUAUAUCUGAGCAACUAGGUGCAUAUCCGAAUCUUCUAUACAUAGACCUGAGCCACAAUAAGUUACAUGGUGAAAUCUCACCCAUCUGGGGACAAUGUUCAAAACUACAAACCUUACGAAUUGCGGGAAACAACCUCACUGGUAGUAUACCACCAGAGAUUGGCAAAGCGACCCAAAUUGAACUACUUGAUUUUUCUUCAAAUACUUUAGCUGGGGUGAUUCCUAGUGAGGCUGGGAGAUUGACUUCUUUGCUCAAGCUGAUGUUGAACGACAAUCAACUCUCUGGUGGUAUACCUUCAGAAUUCGGAUCAUUUGCUGAUAUUCAACUUCUUGAUUUGUCCACCAACAAAUUCAAUAUGUCAAUUCCGAGCAUUUUGGGUGACUUGAGCCAGUUGAUCUUCUUGAAUCUCAGCAACAACAAGUUCUGUCAAGAAAUUCCAUUCCAGUUGGGGAACUUAGUUCACCUCUCCGAACUAGAUUUAAGCCACAACUCACUUGAGGGUCGGAUACCACAAUUGAGCAAACUCCUAAGCUUGGAGAAGCUAAAUCUUUCUCACAAUAACCUUUCCGGUCUCAUCCCCAAUUUUGAUCAGAUGAAUGCCUUGGAUCUGGUCGACAUGUCCUACAAUCAAUUGCAGGGUCCCGUCCCCAACAACAAAGCAUUUCAACAUGCUGUCUUGGAAGGUAAUAUAGGACUGUGUGGCAACGUCAGAGGACUUCACCCCUGUUAUGUUCUUACCGUGGGAAAUAGGAAUACUUCAACAAAGGAUCGAAAGCUGAUUCUUUUGAUCAUUUCUCUUACAGUAGGAGUAUUUCUCCUUGCUUCCCUUGGAAUUGCUUUGAUUAGAAACGGAAGGAGAAAAGAACAGGUUACAGAAGAUGGUGAUAUGCAUAAAGAAGUCUUCUCAAUAUUCGACUUUGAUGGUAAAAGAAUGUACGAAGAAAUCAUCAAGGCAACCAAUAAUUUUGAUGUCAGCCAUUGCAUCGGAAAAGGAGGAUCCGGAAGUGUCUAUAAGGCAAAGCUGCUAUCGGGAAGCAUAUUUGCAGUGAAGAAACUCCACCCAAUACUUAUUGGUGAGGAGACAUCUCGGAAGGAAUUCCUUUCUGAGAUAAGGGCACUAAUGGAGAUACGACAUCGGAACAUUGUGAAACUUCGUGGUUUCUGUUCGCAUUCCCAUCACUCAUUUUUGGUCUAUGACUACCUAGAAAAGGGUAGCUUGGCUGCGAUCUUGAGCAAAGAAUAUGAAGCUGAGAAAUUGGACUGGAGCACAAGGGUGAGGAUUGUGAAAGGUGUAGCUCAUGCCCUGUCUUACAUGCAUCAUGCUUACUCUCCACCUAUUGUGCAUCGAGACGUAUCAAGCAACAACAUACUGCUGGAUAUCGAAUAUGAGCCUGUUGUUUCAGACUUCGGCACCGCCAAGCUUUUGAAUCCAGACUCAUCACAUUGGACUGCCCCAGCUGGCACAUAUGGAUAUAUAGCACCAGAGUUAGCUUACACAAUGAAGGUAACAGAGAAAUGUGAUGUUUAUAGCUUUGGGGUAUUGGCACUGGAAGUGAUCAUGGGAAAGAAGCUGGCUGAUUUCGUCUCCUCCUUUUCAACUCACACAUGCGACAACGAAGAGAUACUGCUGAAUGAUGUACUGGACCAACGCCUGCCUCCUCCUCUACCAACUGUUCAGAAUGAACUGAUAACAAUUGCAAGGCUGGCAAUUGCAUGCAAACAUUCCCAUCCACAAUCUAGGCCAACAAUGCUUAUGGUUGAGCAGGUGUUGUCAUCCCAAGGUGCAAAUUUCUCUAGACUCCCAGAGAUUACAAUUGAACGACUCAUUGGUUAAGAUCUCAAGUGUCAUCUACGAGCGUGGGCACAACAAUAAGUUUUCUUUACUUUCUUUGGCAUAUUCAUAUAUCGUUUCAUGUCAACUUUUUCAUGUAUUCAGAGGACAAAAGAAUAAAAUUCUCGAGUUAUCGUA